AUGGCAGCCAAUGAGAAGCCAGUGGUGGCCAAUGGGGGGUCCGCAGUGACCAAUGAGGAGUCAGGAACACGCAGCAGGGCAGCCAAUGAGGAGCCAGGAUCACAAAGAGGGGCAGCAGUGGCAGCCAAUGAGGAACCAGGAGCACAGAGGGGGGCUGCAAUGGCAGCCAAUGAGGAGCCAGUGGUGGCCAAUGGGGGGUCAGCAGUGGCCAAUGAGGAGCCAGGAGCACAAAGGGGGGCAGUGGGGAUGGCCAAUGAGGAGCCAGUGGUGGCCAAUAGGGGGUUCGCGUUAUGGGGGUCUCUAUGGGGUCUCUAUGGGGUCUCUUUGCAUCUCUAUGGGGUCUCUAUGGGGUUUCUAUGGGUCGCUGUGGGUCUCUAUGGGGUCUCUAUGGGGUUGCUGUGGGUCUCUAUGGGGUCUCUAUGGGGCUUCUGUGGGGUCUGUAUGGUUUUCUAUGGGGUCUCUCUGGGUCUGUAUGGGUUCUCUCUGGGUCUCUGUGGGUCUCUAUGGGCUCCCUAUGGGGUCUCUCUGGGUCUCUGUGGGGUUCCUAUGGGGUCUCUUUGGGUCUCUAUGGGUCGCUAUGGGUCUUUAUGGGGUCUCUGUGGGGUCUCUAUGGGGGCUCUCUGGGUCCCGAUGGGUCUCUGUGGGGUUCCUAUGGGGUGUCUAUGGGUCUCUGUGGGUCCCCAUGGGGUCUCCAUGGGUCUCUAUGGGUCCCCAUGGGGUCUCUAUGGGGUCCCUAUGGGUCUCUAUGGGGUCUCUAUGGGUCCCUAUGGGGUCCCCAUGGGGUCUCUAUGGGUCCCUAUGGGUCUCUAUGGGUCCCCAUGGGGUCUCUAUGUCCCUAUGGGUCUCUAUGGGUCCCUAUGGGGUCCCUAUGGGGUCUCCAUGGGUCUCUGUGUGUCUCUAUGGGUCCCCAUGGGGUCUGCAUGUGUCUCUAUGCGUCUCUAUGUGUCCCUAUGGGGUCCCCAUGGGGUCUCUAUGGGUCCCUAUGGGGUCUCUAUGGGUCUCUAUGCGGUCCCCAUGGGUCUCUAUGGGUCCCCAUGGGGUCUCUAUGGGUCCCUAUGGGGUCUCUAUGGGGUCCCCAUGGGGUCUCUAUGGGUCCCUAUGGGUCUCUAUGGGGUCCCCAUGGGGUCUCUAUGGGUCCCUAUGGGUCUCUAUGGGGUCCCCAUGGGGUCUCUAUGGGUCCCUAUGGGUCUCUAUGGGUCCCCAUGGGGUCUCUAUGGGUCCCUAUGGGUCUCUAUUGCUCUCGAUGGGGCAGCCCCAUGGGAGAUCCCCUGCAGCGAUGAGGAGGGGGAACCCCCCGGGGGGUGGCUGCCCCCCCCCGCCGACAUCCGUCGCCUCUAUGAGCUCUUAGCUGGGGGCGGGGCCGGAUCCGGGCCACGCCCACCGCCCCUUUUGCUCCGCCUCCGGACACGCCCACGCCGCCAACCAACCCCGGACCCCCCCAGUGAUGACGAGCAAGGGGUUGGGGGCCAGCCCCAGAGCGAGGGAGAAGAGGAGGAGAAACCUCCCCCCCCCACUGAGUUCGACUUCGAUGACGACCCCGCUCCCCCCAAACCGGCCCUCAUCGACCGGCCCCGUGCCCCUGGUGCCGUUCCGCGCGGUCGGAAGCGGGAGGCGCGUCUGGAGAAGGUGCUGUCGGACCUGCAGCGCCACCAGCGCCUGGAGGAGCAGAUCCUGCGCACAGGCAGGGACCUCUUCCCCCCGGGGCCCGACGGAGAAACCCCCCCGAAGAGGGGGCCGGGGCUGCUCCUGCGGCAGCGCAAGUACUGA